AUGGCGGAAGUGGCGCUGGCUCUGGCUGGCGCACGGGCUGGCCUAGACUUUGUGGUAUCACCGUUCCUGAAGAAGCUCCUAGCUGACCCUGCAAGAUGUCUCGGUGUGGACAUGGUGAGUGAGCUCAAUGAACUGGAGACAAACAUCAUGCCGCAGUUUGCUCUACUGGCUGAAGCAGCUAACAAGGGCCCACAUAGGGCAAUGUUGGAGAAGUGGACCCAACAGCUCAAGGACGCCUUCUGUAGAGCUGAGGACCUACUGGAUGAGCAUGAGUACAACAUCCUCAAGCGCAAAGCAGAGAGUGGGAAGGACUCUUCACUGGAGCAUGCAUCUUCCAGCAAUGGUAUUAUGAAGCAUCUGCGUAUUGCGUCGAGCAGGCUUUCCAAUCUGCGCCCAAAGAACAAACGGUUGCUUGACCAGUUGAAGGAACUGAAGGCCAUCCUGGCGAAAGCCAAGGACUUCCGUGAACUGCUCUGCUUACCUGCUGGUAACAGUGCUGAGGCAUCCACAAAACUGGCAGCUGUUAUUCCACUUGACACAUCGUUUGCACCUCCGAAAGUGAUCGGUCGUGACAAGGAUCGUGAUGAUAUUAUAGAUCUUCUUACCAAACCGAUUGUUGCUGAGUCUGAUGCAAGUAGGUAUUCUGGUCUAGCCAUUGUUGGGCUUGGAGGCAUGGGAAAAUCCACCUUGGCUCAACAUGUUUACAAUGACAAGAGGGUCAAAGAACAUUUUGAAGUCAGGAUGUGGGUCUGCAUCUCACGCAGACUUGAUGUCAGUGGCCAUACACGGUUGGUUAUUGAAUCAGCAAAAGGAGGGCAAUGUCCAUCUGUUGAUAAUCUUGAUACUCUCCAAUGCAUAUUAAGGGACAUACUGGAGAAAUCAAAGAGAUACCUUCUUGUGUUGGACGAUGUCUGGUUUGAAGAAGGCACCAAUGAGAUGGAGUGGGAGAAACUAUUGUCUCCUCUAGUAUCUCAACAGGCGGGAAGCAAAGUUUUGGUAACUUCUCGAUCAGAUAUACUCCCAGCUCCUCUUUGCUGUAAUGAAAUUAUUCGUUUGAAAGACAUGGAAGAUACUGAUAUCUUAGCAAUCUUCAAGGACCAUGCCUUUUGUGGCGCAGCGAUCAGAGACCAGAGGUUGCGUCAACAGCUAGAAACUAUAGCAGAGAAGCUUGCUAAAAGACUUGGAAGAUGUCCUCUGGCAGCAAAAACUGUGGGCUCGCAGCUGAGCAGGAAAAAAGAUAAGGCUGUAUGGGAAGAUGCUCUAAGGACUGACAACUUAAGCAAUCCCAGUAGUGCACUUCUGUGGAGUUACGAGAAGUUAGAUCCAAGUCUGCAGAGGUGUUUUCUGUAUUGCAGUUUAUUUCCAAAAGGCCACCUUUAUUCCAGUAAGGAUUUGGUUAACAUGUGGGUAGCAGAGGGACUUAUUGAUUCGUGCAAUGUGAACAAGAGAGUGGAAGAUAUUGGGAGUGAUUGCUUUGGUGAGAUGCUCUCAGUUUCAUUCUUUCAACCAGUUUGCAGAAAUGGCACAGUUGGGAAAUACUGUGUUAUGCAUGAUCUCGUUCAUGAUUUGGCAGAGUCUCUGUCUAAAAAAGUCUUCUUCAGAUUAGAAGAUGAUAAGGUGGCAUCAAUACCGUGCACUGUUCGACAUCUAUCCGUUUGUGUUCAGAGUUUGAAUCAACAUCAGCAUUCUAUCUGCAGGCUACAUCAUUUACGUACCUUUAUCUGCAUUGAGCCACUUACAGAUGAUGCAAGAUACAUUUUCCAGCAGGUGGUGCAGAAUUUGAAGAGGUUGCGUGUACUCUAUUUGUACUUUUACAACACCAGCAACCUGCCUGAAUCUGUUGGUGAAUUGAAGCACCUUCGGUACUUGAACCUCAAAAGAACUUCAAUCUCCAAAUUGCCUGGAUCAUUGUGUGCUCUUUACCACUUGCAAUACCUUCAGUUCAGUCCCCAGGUUGAAACUUUUCCUGAAAAACUAUUCAGUUUAAGUAAGUUGAGAUAUCUUGAAGGGCGUGGAGAAAUCCCUUACAUAGGCAAGUUAAUUUCACUCCAAAAUCUUGAUCAAUUUUGCGUGAAAAAGCAGAGGGGCUAUGAGGUGCGACAACUGAAAGGCAUGAACAACCUUGGUGGCAGUUUAAGUGUCACAAAUCUUGAGAAUGUCACUGGGAAGGAUCAAGCCUUAGAAGCAAAGCUACAUCAGAAAAUUCAUCUUGAGAGCUUGCACCUUGAAUGGAGUUAUAGCGAUGGCAUGACUUCACAUGAUAGUUUACAUUUGGAAACUCUGGAAGGUUUGAUGCCACCGCCUCAGAUUAGGGGCUUUACUAUCAAAGGUUACAGAUAUGCAAAAUACCCAAGCUGGUUACUUGAGGAUUCUUAUUUCCAGAAUUUGGAAUCACUUGCGCUUGUUAAUUGCAGCGCCUUAGAAAUCCUACCAUCCAAUGCUGCUCUCCUUCGGAAUUGCUCCUCACUUCACCUCGAGAAUGUCCCAAACCUGAAGGCAUUACCUUAUUUUCCAGCCACCCUGGAAAAGUUAGCAAUUGAGAAAUGCAUGCUGCUUAUGUCUAUUUCUGACAAUGAGCUAAAACAGCAUGACCAGAGGGAGAACACCAUGAUGACAUACAGCUUGAUAUCACGGCUUUCUUCCAUGUGGGAGGUGGAUACGGGAUCAAACAUCAGGGACAUACUAUUGUCAGAGCAUUCAUCUCUGAAGUGCUUGAUGAUAUUGAUGGAUGCUAAUAUUUCUCAUCUUCAAACCAUUGAAAGUGCUCUAGAAAGGGGGGUGGAUGAAGUAUUGGUAAAAGAGGAUAUCAUCAAGGCAUGGAUAUGUUGCCAUGAGGAGAGGAUACGACUCAUUUGUACAAGGAACAUCGGCAUGCCUCUGGUUCCACCAUCAGGGCUUUCUCGGCUUGAUCUUUCUUCAUGCAUCAUUACAAAUGGGGCAUUAGCGGUUUGUCUUGAUGGUCUCACUUCGCUAACACAUUUGUCAUUAAAAGAGAUUAUGACUUUAACUACACUUCCGUCACAAGAUGUCCUCCAACAGGUGACAAAGCUUCAGUACUUGUGCAUUGACUCAUGCUGGUGCCUUAGAUCAUUAGGGGGGUUGCGAGCUGCCACCGGUCUUUCUGAAAUUUCACUAUACAGCUGCCCUUCCUUAGAAUUGGCACGUGGAUCAGAUUUUAUGCCAUUGUCCCUUGAGAAGCUCGACAUCCGAUACUGUGUGGUUGCAGCUGAUUCCUUCGUGAGUUACUUGCCGCACCUGAAACGUCUUUUCAUGAUCUUCUGCACAAGCUCUUCAUCAUUUUCGAUUGGUCAUUUAACCUCCCUUGAAAUAUUAUCACUACACAAUUUACACGACUUGUGCUUUCUUGAAGGCUUGUCUUUGCUGCAACUUGACAGAGCAACUUUUGAAGAUGUCCCGAACCUCAAUAUAAAGUGCAUCUCACAAUUACGGGUCGCGACUUCACUCAGUGUUAGCUGCCCCAUAAUGCUCAACCACAUGCUCUCAGCUGAAGGUUUUACAGUUCCACGAAAUAUCUAUCUUGAGGGGUGCAAGGAGGGGUCCUUUUCAUUUGAAGAAUCAGCAGAUUUCUCAUCUGUCAACAACCUGCUAUUUAAUUGUUGUGAAAUCAGUUCCUUGCCAGGAAAUCUGAAGUGCUUUUCAUGUCUGACGUUACUCCAAAUUUGUGGAUGCCCCAAUAUAUCAUCUUUACCAGAUUUGCCAUCCUCUCUCCAACAGAUAGUGAUCGAGGAUUCUGACCUAUUGAGGGAGAGCUGCCGAUCACCUGAUGGAGAAAGCUGGCCAAAGAUUGAGCAUAUCCGCAGAAAAGAUUUUCGUUAA